CUUCAGCAAAAACAAACAAAAUGGCAGUUAGCUUGCGCAAAAAACGUGAUUCAAAUCCUCAAAAAAGGAAAGAAGUAAACAGAAAAAUUUUAUCCAAAAAAUCAAUUCUGCAAAAUAAUAAAUACAUAUUAUUAGUAUCAAGUUUAUUAAUACUUGGAUUUUACUUUAGUUGGAACAUAUAUUAUGAGGAUGACGCAGCAAACAAGUCAAACAUCAGCAGCAAGCCAAAACACCAAAAAGCAAAAGUGAAAAGGCAAAGCGUCCCUGACAAAAACAAAGGUCACGCUGAUGUCCACUCAAAUGUCUUCUCACCUUCUUUUUGUUCCGGUUUAUCUAUGCGGAACAUCUCCAUCGAUGGGUUAAACAUGAAUGUGCAAGAGUUAUAUAAGUCAAACGGUAGCUCAGUUCAGCUCUAUCAGAUAGAUAACUUUUUAUCUGACAAAGAAUGUGAUGGUUUGUCUGCAGCUCACCUAAGAUUUAUCGAGAAAUCAAAUAAGAUAGGACCACUAAUUUGUUUUUCUGGAAUAAUAUCGUUUCAAAAAUACCUCGUAGAUGCUGGUGUAACGUACACAGUAACGCCGAAAGAUUUUGCCCCAGAAACAACUUGUAUCAAUAGCACAUUCUCUCGACAAUUGCAGGAUAAACUGAAAUAUAGCUACAGCACUGCUUUUUAUCCUGGCGAAAGCAAAUUUACUUCAGUUUUUGAGAGGAGGUUUGAAAAGGUUUCUGGAUUACCUUCAACACAUGGCGGGAAGUUUCAAAUUACGUCGUAUCCUCAAAGGAUAGGUUACAAACGUCAUACCGACUGUGAUUUAGACAGCACUGAGUUGCGCGAUCGAUAUGCUACUGCUUUGGUGUAUCUUCAAAACGUUAGAGAAGGUGGUGAGACUGUCUUUUCAAAAUUGGGCGUAAGUGUGACACCACGAAAAGGACGCUUAAUCGUGUGGACUAACAUGAAUAAACAAGGAAAAUGUGAUAAAACUUCUGUCCAUGAAGCUGCACCUGUUAUCAAGGGACGGAAAUAUAUCCUGCAGAGAUGGUAUUACUUCAAAAACUUCAUGGCUUUGGGUAAACGUCCAAUGGAACCAGAUUUACCAAAACGUAAAUUUUUACAGCCAAAGAUCUCAUGUGAUUACUACGAACAAGGAUCGUGCCGUUGGUACGACGAGUGGGGCUAUGACCAUUUAGUUGAGUAUAAUAACAUAAAGCAGGGACUAGCGUGAAUAAAGAAUGCUUACAAGUAAAUCAAUAAAUAUUUUAUAAUUUUUUUCAGCUUAGUGCAUAUAAUAUGCCUGCAUUUUUUAAUUUUAAUUAAAUUCGAUUUUUUUAAGAUUUAUGCCCUUUCUUAUGACGGAACAAAACAAUUUUUCAUUUUUUUCGCCGUCUUUUAGUACGUUAAUUCAACUCCUCGUAACUUGAGCCUUUAAUAUAUCAGGGGAGAUUAAUUUAAUUUAAGCCUGAAUAAUAUUCUUGCAAAUUGAACAGUUCCGCUUUACGUCCAAGUUGAUUAGAAUGAAGGAAAUAUAAAUUCGAUGUUUUUCUGUGUCAAAAGUUAAAGCUAUCCCAAGAAAUGAGCUUAAAUUUCCUGAAAAUCGCACAAGAUAACAAACGUUGAAGUUUUUAAGAUUCCAGUUAAGGCGUCUAUUUUUUAAGGUAAUAGAUUUGUUUUAUUACGCAAGCAUUAAGUAAAUUCUUAUGAAACAGAUGUAAAAUCUAAAAUGGUGUUAAUCCGACUUUGAAAACAGAUAACACUAUAUAAUAUUUACCUGUAAAAAGUUUAA